GCGCUGCCGUGAGUGCGGCGAGGCGCUGCGCCCCCUGGAGGCGGCGCUGCACGACUGCGCGGCGGUGCUGACGUGGCCGUUCCAGGCUGACGCAAUCAGCCUUCCUUCGGAUCCUACGACGGCAGCCCGGUGCGGAGCAGUACGCGCAGUACGGAUAGGCGCCCGGCCGCUAUCGGCGGCCGCCCGGGAGCAUCUCGGGACGCUGUGGGAGUUUGUCCGCCAGGACCUGUCCCACGGCCUGGAGCUGCCCAGCGCGGAGGCCCUCUCCGCUGGCUC